AUACAUUCAAUCAGUUUUCAGUUUUUCCACAAUGACAAGUUACUUCGACCAGCUGUGAAAUAUCUUAAAAUUGCGUCUCAAUUAAUAACAAUUGCGCUUUAAAACAUUACCCGUCUUUGUUCUUAUUCGGUAUUUACUAAGAUCUGAAGAAUAACAGUUCGAAAUGGCAUACGCUUACUUGUUCAAAUACAUCAUCAUUGGCGACACAGGUGUCGGCAAAUCAUGCUUGCUGCUACAGUUCACGGACAAGAGGUUCCAGCCGGUGCAUGAUCUCACCAUCGGAGUGGAGUUCGGAGCCCGCAUGAUCACCAUUGAUGGCAAGCAGAUCAAACUGCAAAUAUGGGACACGGCUGGACAGGAAGCAUUCAGGUCGAUCACCCGGUCAUACUACCGCGGCGCGGCGGGGGCGCUGCUCGUGUAUGACAUCACGCGGCGGGACACCUUCAACCACCUCACCACGUGGCUGGAGGACGCGCGCCAGCACUCAAACUCCAACAUGGUCAUUAUGUUAAUUGGCAACAAGAGUGAUCUGGAGUCGCGGCGCGAAGUGAAGAAGGAAGAAGGCGAAGCGUUCGCGCGCGAGCACGGGCUAGUCUUCAUGGAGACCUCUGCGAAAACUGCCGCCAACGUGGAAGAGGCCUUCAUCAACACCGCUAAAGAGAUCUACGAGAAGAUCCAGGAGGGAGUCUUCGACAUUAACAAUGAGGCGAACGGUAUCAAGAUUGGGCCCCAGCACUCGGGGGGAGGUGCGGCGGGCGGCGCGGGAGGCGCGGGCGCGGGCGGCGCGGCGCCGGGCGGCUGCUGCUAGGCGCGCGCCUGCACACACUGAGGCGG